AUGCUGAAAAACGCAACACCAGUGUAUGUUGUGAACACCAAGUCGCAGCACAAGCGGGGUCGCGACACCCAGCUUGCGAACAUUGCAGCGGCUAAAGCGGUAGCGGACGUGGUGCGGACGACGCUGGGGCCGCGAGCGAUGCUCAAGCUCAUCCUCGACGCUAUCGGAGGUGUGGUCAUCACUUCAGACGGGAACGCGAUCCUGCGAGAGAUCGAUGUGGGGCACCCGGCGGCCAAGGCGAUGCUGGAGCUGUCGCGCACUCAGGACGAGGAAGUCGGUGACGGAACGACCAGCGUCAUUGUGCUGGCGGGGGCGCUUCUCCAGGCCGCGGAGCCGUGCCUAGAGGCGGGCGUCCAUCCUAGUGUCAUCGUUGGAGCGUACAUGCGGGCGCUCCAGGAUGCGCUCUCAGAGCUGGAGCAGCGGUGUGCAAUUGCAGUGGACUGGAACGAUGAGGUGCAGCUGCAGCGCGUCUUGCGUGCCUGCCUCGGCACCAAGGUGGCUGCUGUCUACCGUGAGCGCGUUGCCGCCUGGUCACUCGCAGCGGUGAAGCUCAUUGCAGAAAGCAGCGCGCCUGCUACCACCGCAGGAGCCGGCACCCAGCGUCCGCUCGAUAUCAAGAACCUGGUCCGAGUCGAGAAGAUCCCCGGUGGCGACCUCGAUGAUUCCGCGGUCAUCCGCGGUGUCGUCCUCAACAAGGACAUUGUGCAUCCGCAGAUGCGGCGACGCAUUGAGAAUCCGCGCCUGCUUCUCCUGGACUGCCCGCUGGAGUACCGCAAGGGCGAGUCCCAGCUCACCGUUGAGGUGACACGCGAGGCCGACUGGGAGGCGCUCCUGCAGUCCGAGGAGGCCGUUGUACGCCAGCAGUGCGAGCGCAUCGCGGCACUGCGCCCCGACUUGGUUAUCACCGAGAAGGGUAUCAGCGACUUGGCCGCUUACCUGCUGAUGCGGGCGGGCAUUAGCGCCCUCAGACGUGUGCGAAAGACCGACAACGAGCGGCUCGUGCGAGCAACCGGUGCGCGUAUCGUGUCGCGUAUCGAGGAGGCCAGCCAACAGGAUAUCGGGACGGGAGCGGGCCUCUUCGAGGUUCGACGCCUCGGCGAGGAGUACUACAGUUUCAUUGAGCAGUGCACAGCACCAGGCGCGUGCACCGUUCUGCUGCGGGGCGGCAGUAAAGACACGCUGAAUGAGCUCGAGCGCAACCUGCACGAUGCACUGUGCGUCCUACGCAGCCUCUAUGGUGACCGUCGCGUCGUUGCCGGUGGUGGUGCCACCGAGAUGGCGCUCAGCCGGGCUCUGCUGCAGCGCUCUGCGCUCGUCGAAGGCGCUGCGCAGUGGCCUUAUCGACAGGCAGCUGAGGCACUUGAGGUGAUCCCUCGAACGCUUGCCGAGAACUGCGGCACCUCUGUGGUCCGGCUCCUUACGCGGCUUCGCGCAGAGCACGCAGAAGCCGGCCACUCGAACAUUGGCGUAGACGGUACAAGUGGCGAGCUCAUCGACAUGAUUGAAGCGGGUAUUGUGGACGCCUACGCUGUGAAAGCGCAAGCACUUAAGACCGCAGUGGAGUCUGCGUGCAUGCUUCUGCGUAUUGACGACAUUCUGAGCGCUGUUCGUAAGCGAGAGGGCAGCGGCACCGCCACAGGAGCAGCCGACGCUACCGAAGACGCCAACCCCACGGACUAG